AUGGCUAUCACACGUGUCGCAGCCUGCCACGCUGCACCGCACUUCCUCUGCGCCUACAAGACAGCGGAAAAAGCCAUCUCCCUAAUCCACCGCGCGUCCAAGAACAAAGCCAACCUAAUCGUCUUCCCGGAAACAUUCAUAUCAGCAUUUCCAAUAUGGAGCGCUCUCCGCCCUCCAACGCACAACCACAUUUUGUUCCAGCGAAUGGUAUACCAAUCCAUCUACGCAAAUGGAGAAGAAGUCCAAGCAAUCCGGGAUGCAACCCGCGAGACAAAUACUACCGUGAGCAUAGGUAUAUCGGAAAAGUCGCACGCAAGUGUGGGUUGCCUAUACAACUCGAACCUAAUCAUCGACGCGGGAGAAGUCGUCGUUCACCAUCGCAAAUUGGUGCCAACCUUCUUUGAGAAAUUAACCUGGAGUCCUGGCGAUGGACACGGAUUACGCAUCGCUGAUACGAAGCACGGUCGUAUCGGUGCGCUGAUGUGUGGCGAGAAUACGAAUCCACUCGCAAGAUAUUCGCUUAUGGGUCAGCGGGAACAGAUUCAUAUUUCAUCUUGGCCGGCUGUUUGGCCGACGAGAUUGCCUUCAAGUCCCCUUGAGAAAAGGGGAGAGGGGUCGCAGCAUUCGGCGAAUUAUGAUAAUGUUCUUGCAAAUCGGAUUCGAGCUGGGGCGCAUUGUUUUGAGGCAAAGUCUUUUGGGGUUAUGUGUAGUGCAGUGUUGGGUCAAGAAGCUAUUGAUAUGAUUGCUGUUGGGUCGAGUUCAGAGGACACUAUUCGCCAUGCGCUGGAAAGGUCUCCACGUGGAGUUAGUAUGUUUUUAGAUCCUACGGGUUCGCCUUUGCGCUCUUUAACUGUCGAUGACUCGGAGACUGGUGCGCAGCGACCGGUGGAGUUCUUGCAGAAUGAGGAAGGCGUUCUUUAUGCCGACCUAGAUCUUGAACGCUGCGUUGAGGGCAAGCAAUACCGUGAUGUUGUCGAGGGAUAUCAGAGGUUGGAUGUUUUUCAGUUGCAGGUGAAUCGAGAGAGACAAGAUCCAGUUGUUUUCAAGUAG